AUGAAGACCAACGCAUAUUAUCGAGGUUCCAGUGUCGGAAAAUACACGGUGGGUACCGUAGACCAGGCAAUCAAAGAUAAAAAAAUUUUCAGUGAAAAGGCCAAAAUGCCUGCUGAAGUACGAAAGGUGUUGUUGGAUCACGGAUGGAUUAGCAAACACCCUCUUGACGGUGGGGCAAUAAGUGAGUGCAUACUCUCAUAUUCGAUCAAAAAUAUUAACUUCAAAGAAACAAUGUGAUAGGUUCGAUGUGUAUUUAGAUAGCUUUCAAGUUUACACUAUCUUUAGUGGUUUCAAGAACGUUUUUGAUUUGGCUGACUAUAAUUUCCUCAUUUCUACGCAUGAAUACUUUGGAGUCGGUAACUCUUUCUUGUGUGGUGACAUUCUAUCUAUCAUGUAAAAUAUACUUGUUCCAGUAAAUAUGGUUUCUAAUAUGUCCCUAGCAAUCUGUGAUGUGUCUCAGAGCUCAGAGAUGUUUCUGUGUUACCCCAGUGCUCUACUUGGUAUCUUUCGUAAUAUUUAUAAAUGAGUGUUAUUCGGUUAAACGUAUUCGUAGGAAUCUGAAAUAUCAAUUAAAUAUUUAUAUUAUACCUUUUCUAAACGUAGAUAAAUUUUUAAACCAUGUUUGAAAUAUUUAUAGAUAUAUUAAAUUUUAAAAUAUGUUUGGUGUUUUUUUAUAUGCAUAUAUAUAUUUUGUGUGUGAGCAGCCUAAGAUUUGGUUUAAAGCCUUGGUUUAAAUUUUAAUCUUAAAAUUCCAAGAGACCUUUUUUAUUGCCUUUCGGAUCCAGUUGCUCAGUAAGAAAAUUGUUUUUUAAUUACUGUGUAGUUUUCUUAAUAAUUGUUCAUAGUAGGAAAGUUUACUCCAUUAGUGGUUUUGUUAUCUUUUAUUUUGAUUUUAGUUAAAAUUAUUUGUAAAAAUUUGACAUUUUGACAGAAAACGUAUAUGAAACAAUUGUAGUUAAACCAGCGAGCAAUUUUUUCGAUUUUUUUUUUUUUUUGAACUAUAGGUAAAUUAACGUUUUAAAAAUGAUAGCGCAAACGAAAAUUUUGGCUGAUCAAUAGUUUUCACAACAAAUGAAAGGAAAAAUCUAGGAAAAACAGGAAAAUAGGUACAAUAUUAAACAAAUAUUUUUUAAGAAAAUAUAUAAUACUUAUGUAAUUAUUAUAUCAUAAUAUGUCAUAUAGAUUGUUGACAAAGCAACACUAUCAAUCGAACUUCGUUCAGAAUAGUUUUUCCGUUAGCAAUAGUUAGUCAUUUCUUACAGAUAUAUUGGGUAAUCAAUGUAUCGUAAGACACUCGGUAUCUCUGAAAGUAUUAACUUUUUCCGAAAUUUGUUUUUUAGAAUAUUUAAGAAACAUGCUGUUCUACAAUUUCAUUUUUUAUGUUAUUUUUUGUCACCCUUAUUUUUGUGGAUAAAACCACUACCUACUUUUGAUUUUCAAAUAGCAACCUUUAUUAAAAAUUCCAUAAAUAGAUAUAGUACUAUUUAAAAUAAAUGUAAGUGUUGAUAUUUUUGUUUUCCGUCAAUCCAUUGAUGAGAUAUUCCACUUUUAAAUUUGGGUUGGAGGAGAAUAGUGGUGUAUCAUUUGUGUGGCGGUACGGUGCGCGGUGUGUUAAUAAUGCACCAUUACUCUCCCCCAACCAAAACAAUAACAAAAAUAUAAAAUUAUAAAGCAGCUUGUUUCUGAAAUGUUCUAGAAAAUAAAUUCUGGAAAAAGAUAAUACUUUCAGAAACAAUGAGUGUCUCAUGAUAGAAUGAUCACCCCGUACAUUGAAAUAAUACCUAUUAUAGUGGCUGCACCUGUCUCCAUCAUCCUAGGACCGCUUUUUUUACUUUACUUUAUGGCAAUGUUUAUAUACUUUGAUCAGCUCCCCUCGAAAUAAAAUUCUGGAUACGCGCCUAAGCAAUGGUAAAUCGUCAUUUACAGUUAUAAAUUAAUCAACUUUAUGUGUCCUACCUUUUCCAACUUCCCACCAUCAGUGGCACACUCAUCAGCAUUACAGUGGUAAGGCCAGGAAAUUGAAGGCCAACAAUUAUAACGUAGGGCCAAAAAAAAAAAAACCAAUACCGAUAGCUCCAAUAGGUAAAUAUUAAUAUUAAUAAACUAUUAAAUAUAGACCAUAUAUAAAACACAUUCAAUAUAAUCGAUGUGUAUUACAAACAAAACUACUUCAACAACCAAAUAUAGAAAUAUUUUGAACCUGUAUAAUAACUAUAAUAAUGAAUUCUAUCAUCGUCACCAAUUUAAGUGGACUAUCUUAUUAGACGCUUAGAUGGUAUAGCUGAAAUUGUUCACAUACACCAUUAACAUAGAAAUGUAGGAACAAUAAAUAGGAACAUUUAAGUAUGAGAAAAUAGUUUUUAAAUUAUAAAUUUGGCAUAAUAUACUUUUAGGAAUUCGAAAAAAAAUUAAAAUACAUCUUAUUUUUAAAAUAAUAAUGAUUAGAUGAAAGCAAAUUAAAUUAAAAUAAUCAAUAACUGAAACUUAAAUACACUAUUUCAUAGAAUAUUUAAUUUUUUAAUAAAAAUAGAAAUUAACAAAAGAAUUUAAUUGAAAAAGUUUAUUUAAAUGCAUACAAAAAUGUUAAGUUAAAAUCCAGGCUAUGUCGAUUAAAUUUAUAUCUUAAUAAGAAUUAGUUCUGAUAAUUGAAAAAAUUGCAAAUAAUAUAAUAAGUCAAACUCGUAAAAUCAUAGUUUUAAAUAUAAAUUUAGACAAAAUGUACCUUUAUUAAAACCUUAACCUAUUUUAUAAUAAUUAACUCAUUUAAUUAAAAAUAAAAAAUAAAUGUAUAUUAUAGGUAGGUAAUACAGCAAUACAAUAUAAUAUUCACAAUGCCACAAUACUUAAUAGCGAAUCGCAAAUGCGCUGCUAUCUACAGCACUGCACACUUAACAAGUGAAUAAUAUGAAUAUAUUAAGUUGAUAACAAAUUACAACAGUACAAUGAAUCAUAAUUUUAAAAAUAAUUGAUAAUGCGUACAAUGUAGCAACUCUAUUAUUGAUAUCUUUUUAUAGAUACACGGUGGAUUUACUCAAGUAGCCAUAUGUGUAUAUUUAUAAUAUUAUAAUUAUAUUAUUAUGCCUAUACAGUGGUAAUACCAAUAAAUUAUAAAUACAAGUAGGUUCUAGGAGUGUUAUUAAUUAUCAUAUAAUAGACAGUAGUAUAUUAAUCUAAGUUACAAAUACCAUUAUCAUCUGCUUACAUAAAAUGAUUAUAUUAUUAUGUCAAAGGCCAGGCCAAUGGUAAGGCCAUUAGUAGAGCCAGGAAUUUAUAAGGAGAGCCAUUGCUCUACCUGGCCCGUCUCUGUUACCGUUACUGUAUCUAUUUUCUUUUGCAUAAAGAUCUUAUCUUUGAGAUGAAUCUUAAAUCAUGUACAAUAAUGGAUGGCGCCACAUCUUAAUAUUUUGAUGUACAUGUUAGCGAUAAGUCACCAGGUGAGUAGUCUUUAGUACGCAUGCCUACCAGUGGCUAGUCGCAUAUUUACCUUAAUGCCUUAAUAUGAUGUGAUAAAUAUUAAAAAUUAUUAAUUAUAAACAUUUGAAUGAAUUAAAACUUGAAUUUAUUGAGUUGGUAAUAUACUGAAAUCUAUAUAAAGCACCUAUAAUACAUUAUAGAUAAGAACAAAAUAUAUAUGUUGAUAAUUUGAGAUAAAUAUGCGACUAGUUACUGGCGUGCAUGCGUACUAAAGGCUACUCACCUGGCGACUUUUGGCUUACAUGUACAUCAUCGAUAUUAUAUGUAAUCUAUAGACUGUGGCUCUAUCUAUUGUGUAUGAUCUAAGGGAUGAACCGCCACUGACUUAAUAACCUAUACCUACCUAUACCUGCCUAUACAUGGAUUUUAGACAAGGAUUCGGUUUUUUCUUUACACAAAAAUCACGAACGAGUCAAGACGGUGGUCAAACGAUAUGACUCUGGACUGAUUUGGAUGGACAGUCAACGAUGCGAAGUCAACUGGUUAACGUUACAUCCGUCCAUCAUUAUCAACCGAUUUCCUAGGGACGAGAGUGGCCCGCUAAAAUUAUGCGAGCUAAUGCCAGGGAAUGCCGCAUUCAACAAUUACUAUCCAAGAGCGUACAUGAUUACCGCUGUCAAUGACAUCGUUGAAGAUUACUCAUUGACCGCCUGUGCGUCAUUGGUGCGCGCUUUCAUCGACGGAUAUGAAAAUGAAAAAAUAUUAAACUCACCCAAUAAUAGUAAAGUAAGUUGAACGAUGUGUUAUUUGCAUAACGAAGGAAUGUGUUAGUUUUACUUUGAUUUACUAGGUUUUUCUAGAUUUAAAUCUAACCAUUCUGGAGAUUUUUGAGUUACAUAUACAUAUACAACCUUUAACACUUUCGAGUUUCUUUUAGGUUUUAUUUGUUUUAAUGUGGACAAAACUGUUAAGAUAAACAGAAAUACUUGAACAUUUAAUAUGAGGUUCGUUAUAAGUUUAAUUUAGUAGUCACACAAAAAUAAAGUUAGUGUAUUUAAGUACCUUAUUUUUAAACAUUUUAAAAUCAAAUUUUAACAAAAAUCGUAAAAAUUAGGGCAUUUUAAAUAUACAUAGGCAAUCCAACUUCACUGAGAAACGUUUUUCGUUAGCAAUAGUUUAUCAUUGCGUACAGAUAUAAAUUAAGUUACUCUAUAUAUGCCGAGUCUAGAAAAUAACGACCAAAUUAAAAAUGGCAAUGGAAAAUAAUCGUAAAUUCAAACAUUUAGAUUCUGAGUGGAAUGAAAAAAGCUUAUGGUUUUACAAAGAUGUUUAUUUUUUUUCUCUGUGCAACUUUUCUAUCAAAAAUCUUGCUUUAGUUUUUAAACGUAGCACAUUUUUUGAAAAGAAAUUUGACUGGGGAGAUACUAUAGCGAGGUAAUUUUUUGAUUUUUUCCAAUAAAUGGGAAAUCCGGGAAAACCCAUUAGAAAACCGUAGGAAAAACGUGAAAAUGGGUACAAUAUUGAACAAAUUUUUAAUAUGUAUUAUUACUUUACGUUUAUAUAUUAUAUAAAAGCCAAAUACCACUCAUUCAUUGAUCGUUAUAUCUCAAAAACUAUACAACCUACGAAUUUGAAAUUUGUGAUUUGUAAUAGAAGUUUCUCUAUCAUCUAAAUGUGCAAUAAGAAAAUUUAAAAAAAUGUGUUUAAAUGAAUUAAUUAUUAAUAAUAAUAGUUCAUUGCCAAUACAUAUUAACAAUCGAGUUAUUAAUUUUUAAAACAAUCAGAAAAUACGCACAUAAAAGUAUAUAAAGGUAUUAUUUAUGUAUUUUUAUGGAUUACCAUAGUAACACGGAUAAAACAAAAAUAAAUUUAAAGGUUGUUAACAUAGACGAAUGAAAAGAAAAACGAGUGAAAUAUAAAAUAUUACAAAUAUUUGUGUUGCAAAACCGACCACGGGAAAAGCUUGGUAAUAGAGCUAGUAUUAUAUAUAUAUACAGCUAUAUAUUGUUGACAAAGUAACUACACUAUCAACUGAACUCCGCUUAGAAUCAUUUUUUCAUUAGCAAUGGUUAAUCUUUUAGGCCUAUUCUGCUGUUUUUCCAAUAAUUUUAAUUACAUAUCAAUAUUUUUUUUCCAAUCAUAUUUUCCAUUGGCCAUUUUAGAUAUUUCCAUAUUUUCUUUGCUCAUUUCUGUGCAUGGCCAUAGUUUCCUUUGGCCAGGAAAUGAAAAUUUACCUGGUCAUUAUUACUGAUUACUAAGGUUCUUUCUGACUUCCCUCUUAAUAAGUUAAUUAUCACUAAUUAAUUUACGUUAGACAUAUAUAAUUAUUUAAUAUUAAAGGUUUUCAUGAGUUAAAAAUAUAAAUUAAAUUCCCGUCUGUAGCCUACCUUCCCAACUUUCCACCUAUAACAGUGGCUGCACCCACGUGCGUAGUAUGUCCAUUCUUUUUUUUUAUUUGUAAUCUUAAUCUUUAUCGCACGAGUGUAUCUUCAAUCAAGUUUAGUACUUGAUAAAUAUGUCUGGAGCCCCCAUACAUCAAUACACGACAUGGCCUACCGGGCAAGCUCUUAAAAUAGAUAUAUUUUACAUAGUAGGCUGUCAGGCUCGAUAAAACGUCGGGCCUGGCUUAUACCGGUAGUAUCUUUCUUUUUGAAUUUAUACAUUUUUGUAUUUCUUUGUGAUGUAUAUAAGAAGAGAUAAAGUUAAACAAAUUAUAUAAUUAAUUCCAUAUUGUUUUCAGGAUAUCCAAAAAGCUUUACAUUUUGCAAUACACAAUUGCUACAAGUUAGUAAACAGUACUUACGGUGAUCAAACAUUUUCGGGCAAAGGACCGGAAUGGGAAAGUUUUUUUAAAUAUUAUUACCAAAUCACGCACAAAAAUCAGAAAUUUUUGAUUUCAAUGGAUGUCAAGGAUUUAAACUCCAUAAAGAAAUUUAGCAAACUUUUAAUAGCGAAGUUGGAAAUCCUGAGACCACAAACGGCUAUGGACGGACAUUGCAACACUUGGAUAUUGAAGUCUAAUAAACCGUCAAUUCUGUUGAAUGAGUUUGACGAAAUUUUAAAAAUGUGUGAAAAAAUAAAAUCUGAAGGCGCAACUAAUAAUUGUAUCAUACAAAAGUUUAUCGAGACUCCUUUGCUGUCAAAAAACCUAAAAUUUGACUUACAGACAUGGAUCCUAAUUUCGACUCUUGAUAACUGUGUGACCAUUUGGUUAUACCAAAUGUGUUGCAUGCAAUUUGGUUCUAAGAAGUUCAAUCUUAACAUCGAAAAAUCAAAACCUAUUCAAUAUGAAAAUUCAAAUAUACACAUACACACGUGUAAUUUAAAAAAAAUAAAAUCCUUAUUACGGUCUAUGGGGAUGAUUGAAACCAACGAUGUGCCCUUAUAUAUAACAUUAAAAAAGAAUAUCGUGUCGUCCGUGGUGGCCACAGUGGACGUUCUAAAUUUAAGACCCAAUUCAUUUGAGCUAUUUCAAGCAACAUUUGUAUUGGGAAGUGAUUUAAAACCUUGGCUGAUAAAAAUCAGGCCCGACCCUUGUCUGACGACGUCUCUGUACAACUAUAAAAUGUCCACGUUUAUGAGUGGUAUAGCGACGAGCCUCGCUAAAAUUAUAAUUAAAAAAAAUCUAGCGUGUAAGGCCAACAUAGGAUUGUUCGAUUUGGUACAUACGAGUUCGAUAACCGAUAAUCAAUAUAAACCUCGUAUGUUCAUCGACAGGCCGAUUUACAACCAUGGCGUCAAAAUUCGAUCACAAAAAAAAAUACAUACAUACAAACAAUUAUCGUUGUGCCAACAUCAUAACAUUGAUGAUAGUAAUAUAAAAACAUAUGUUGAAAGCAUUAAAGAUGAAGACAUUUACAUACCGAUGCGUACUGACGUAUUGAGUGAUACAUUUACAAAAAAACUCAACAUGGAACUAAAACAUUGGAAGGACCGUUUAAAUUCAGGAUCAAAGAUUGAUGUGCACGUGGCCAAAUAUUAUUUGUCAUUAUUAGAUCAAUGGAAAACGAGAUUUAGGGCAGCUCAACAUUUUUUCAAAUCUCCAAUACAGUUUCAAAAUAACUUAAUCAAAUCAUAA